UGCCCCGCCAGGAAAACAGAUGAAGCGCAUCUGGACAGCUGUGCUGAGAAAGUUUGUGGGCCCCUUCCCGGCCUGCCAUCCACAAGGCACGUCUCCCACGUCGGCUCGUGCUAGCCACUCACUACUUAUUUAUUUUUCCCAAGAAGCAAUCGGCAAUCCAAGGUUGAACCCUUUUCUCCCCGCUACCGCAGCACCCCGCCCCCCCCCCCCCGCAAGGCGAGGCCACAUCACAUUCAACAGAGUUGUUUAAUUUUCAUGGGGCUUUGCGAUCAAAAGAACAGAAACAGCAACAAAAACCCAGCCGCCGCCUGAUCCUAACUGGCAAAGUGGGGGAAAGUCGGGUGCUGAGUGAACAGACCAAGCUGGAUCAUGGGGAGUUUCAAAGGUCAUGCCCUCCCUGGAACCUUCUUUAUUAUCAUGGGCUUUUGGUGGAGUACAAAGAGUAUUCUGAAAUAUGUCUACAAAAAGCAAACUCGGACCUGCUACCUUAGUUCCAAAACAUUUUUACGUCGAGCAGAGAUUUGGGAAGGAGUUGUCUCAGUCUUAAUGGCUCUAACUGGUAUGGCUGGGGAACAGUUUAUCUCAGGAGGACCAUACCUGAACUUGUAUAAAGACGGCCAGUGGAACCAGCUUCUGGGCUGGCAUCAUACAACCAUGUACUUCUUCUUUGGACUACAGGGUGCAUCCCACAUCUUAUGUUACACUACCAAUUUACUUCCAGUGUCCUUGAGCAAGUUAAUGUUAGCAAAUGCCAUCUUUGUAGAGUCUUUUAUCUUCUACAACCACACUCAUGGUCGGGAAAUGUUGGAUGUUUUUGUGCACCAGCUUCUGGUCUUUACCACCAUUUUGGCGGGUCUGGUUACCUUCAUAGAAUUCCUCACAAAGAGCAAUGUUCUUCUGGAGCUCCUACGGUCAAGCCUCAUCAUACUGCAAGGGUCCUGGUUCUGGCAGAUUGCUUUCGUCCUGUAUCCUCUCAGUGGAAGUCCUGAAUGGAAUCUAUCAGAUAUUGAGAAUAAAAUGUUUCUUACCAUGUGCUUUUCAUGGCAUUAUGCAACAAUCUUUGUCAUCACAGGAUUAAAUUAUGUUUUUAUCACCUGGUUAAUUAAAUCUAGACUUAGAAAGGUCUGCACCUCGGAAGUUGGACUCCUGAAAAGUGCUGAGCGUGAGCACGAGUCGGAAGAAGAAGUGUGAUUUUGAUCCGGCAUCACUCUUGCCAAAAGAGCCUUCUCCUUUUUCACUGCCUUUGCUCAUGACUGUGUUUCUUGACAUUUGUCUGAAGAACAGCUGUCUGAGUCUGACUCCAUGUUAUUUGUAUUUACAGUUUUGUUAAAGUGUUGGACUUCAAAUGUCUCACUUACAGAUUUGAAAGUGCCUUGGUAACAAAUUUCCUUUGCAUGUUGGGCAUGCCACACUGCUCAGGACCAACCACCAUAAUUUUUCCAAAGUCAUAUGUAGCUUUGUGUCUCUACUUAUGAGAAUGGUUUGUUUUUCCUGAUGAAUAUCUUCCAGAUUCACUUGUAAUUCAUUAAAUGUUAAAUUUCACUUAUCUUGUUGCAACAAUGAAAAAUAAAUGAAUGCAUGCACUUUUGUGCAAAAACCUCAAA